AUGCGCAAAGAGGUGAAAUUCAACCUGGUGUUGGUGGACGGACCAGGACUCACAGUCAGCUCGAAACACGUGGAUCACGAGUUCAAGAAUGCCCACUCUGCAGACAAGUGGCUCUUUGAAAUUUACUCAGACCACCAGGAGCUUUUGGUCCAGGAUAUUCCGGCGAUUUAG